UGCAAGAUUUUUUUUGCACGCUACUCGAGAAAGAGGAAAACAACUGCGAACAGGCAAAGACAAACCAAGAAAUUACUCAGACGGAAGAAUAUUUGGGACGAGGCAAAGAGACAAAGGGGACGAGAGUGGAAAAUUAAAGGAGGGAGUUGUUGUGAUUUACACAUUUUAGUCAACUCUCACAAAUAUCAUUAUUUUUUAAGUCGGUCUGCGGGGACACAGAAAGGACUUACAAUGACUGAAAUUCAAGAGAUCAUCAUGGAGGACAAGCCUUUACUUACGGGUCAAGCAGACAGCAUGAAGGACGCUGAGAUUGCAGCCCGAAUAUUACUGGACCGGGGUCAGGAGUACAAUAUAGAGACCCCACAUGGUUUGAUUCAUGUGACCCUGUAUGGCACAGGAAGUACUCGGCGGCCAGCGAUACUGACCCUUCAUGAUGUGGGAAUGGACAGUAAGAGUUGCUUCUCUUCUCUCUUCAAGUUUGAGGAGAUGCAGGAAAUUGUGAAGAGCUUCACGGUGGUUCACAUAGAUGCCCCAGGACAAGAGGAGGGAGCUGCACCCUAUCCUACUGGGUAUAAUUAUGUCUCCAUGGAUCAGCUUGCAGAAAUGAUCCCUUCAAUCAUACAGUUCUUCAAUUUCCGUUCUGUGAUUGGAUUUGGAGUUGGAGCAGGCUCCUAUGUCCUUGCAAAGUUUGCACUUAAAAAUCCAGACUCUGUGGAAGGUCUCGUUCUGAUAAAUAUUGACCCGGAUGCUCGUGGCUGGAUGGAUUGGGCUGCCCAAAAGCUUAGUUCACUGACUUCCUCACUUGCCGAGCAGAUUCUUGGUCACCUCUUUAGUCAGGAGGAGAAUUCAUCCAGCACUGAGCUUGUUCAGGCACACAGAGAGAGGAUCUCAACAGCUUCUAACCUGACGAACAUCGAUCUCUUCUGGAAAAGCUACAACAAUCGCAGGGAUCUAAACAUUGACCGUACCAACUCUUUUAAAUGUCCUGUCCUGCUGGUGGUAGGGGACCAGGCACCAUAUGAAGAAGCUGCAGUGGAGUGCAACAGCAAACUGGACCCAACUACAACUUCAUUCCUGAAGAUGGCCGAUGCUGGUGGGAUGCCGCAACUCACUCAACCCAGCAAGCUGACUGAAGCAUUCAAAUACUUCAUCCAGGGGAUGGGAUACAUGGCAUCGUCCUGCAUGACCCGUCUGUCCCGCUCCCGCACCACAUCCCUGUCUUCAUCGUACUCCCUGGAAGGCUCACGCUCACGAUCACGCACUCUUUCCCAGGGCUCCGUUGGUGGAAACCUUCCCCCUAGCCCCUCCAACACAAUGGAGGUGUCCUGCUGAAGAGCAAGAGAUAGACAACAAGAGAGAGAGUGAGUGGAUAGAUGGAUUGAUGGAUAGAUGGAUAAGUGGACAGCCACUAUUAUUGAGAGGGUCAUAACAGUCAUAUCCACUGAUCAAAGUGUAAAGCUAGAAAGAAAGCGACACAUAGGGAGAGAGAUACUCCUCUUACCAAACUAAAUCUCAUUCUCAUGUAUAAUUCGCUCAUCCCGUGCUUGGGGAACAUGAGAGAUUCUUAAGGGAAGCGAGCCGGAAACAAGUGACAUGGUCAGAGAAGGAGAAUAAAAAAAAAAAUCCAUCUCUCCAUCUCUCUGUCAACCUAACAUCUGCGGUGCAGGUAGGGGCCUGUAGAGACACCCAGGAUGGUAGUGAUUAUCGAUAGUAAUACUUCUAGUAUUGAUAUUAAUUAUAAUUAAAUAAAGUAUAUAAAUAAUUACAAUAAUGUAAUUAAAAUCAGUUCACUUAAUUUCAUGUUAAAAAUACAGAAAAAAAAUAGAGUAGCAAUACUCAUCAUGUGUCUGAGUUUUUGGUAUACUAUUCGAUGUGUUUGGAGUGGGUUUCUUUCCUUCUUUUUUUAUGAAUGUAUUUGUAAUAAUCGUGUGACUCUCAUACAGGGCCAUGGCAACAGGUGUUGGAUAAACAUUAAUGCCUUUCAGUGGCAGCCAGCUCAUGUCUUCCAUUUGACUUAUAUGAAAAAUCAAAACAAGGUGGGAGAUGGGAAACUGUGUGUGGAAAAGAAAGAUUGAGACGUUAGUAUGUUUGUCUGCUCCAAACUGCAUGGUAGAAUUGUUAAUUUUUUUUUUGUGAUGAUGAUGACAGAGAAUAUGGAUUAUGAAAUUGUUAAAAUGUACAAAGACAAAAGUGCAACAGAUAAAAAGAAUGAAGUUUUAAGCCUCUGCUACCUUUUUCCCAGCAAAAUUAAUUUUAUUUUAGUAUGGCUGUGUCCUACAUACAUCGUCACACUUAAAAUAUUACAUUUAAAUGCUGUCACUCUAUUCUCGUAGGAUUUUUUUCAGUGUUGACCAUAAAUGCCCUUAUUCAGCAAAGUUGCAUCAAAUCAGGAAUACGUGCAAUGACACAGGAACAACUCUGCAUCACAUUAAUGAAAAAGUCUCAUGAGUAAUGAUUUGAAUGCAAAAGAUCUGCUUCAAGUUUGUGAAUGCAUUUAUUUAUACUUCAUAUGCAUGUGACAUUUCACAAUCAGAAAACAACUAUAUUCUAAUCUCAUCUGCUGCUAGUUAUAUGAUUCUGUUUAUAGCUUAGAUUUAGCACUUCAUAAGUCAAAUAUAUAGCAGAUUUAACUAAAAUUUAAACUAUCUGACCCUAACUAAUUUGUUUUAAAAUUUUUAUUAGAUUUUUUUAGUGUUGGUAUUCAAUUGCCAAAAAAAUGCUCAAAAAUGUGAAAUCUGGGCCUUUAAAUUAGACAGGGUUUGUGUUCGAAAGACUACACAUCCAGUUUAAUGUUUUUUUUUUUUGCAAUAUGCAAUACUGUUACUCAAAUGAAGAACUGAUUAUCUAACCCAUUUGAUUUACAUUUAUGAAUUACAGCCAGAAACCAAGCCCCAUUAUCCGGACUUUAGCACAACGUUUCCAAAUAAACAUUUUCUAUGUUUAUACUGCUCUGCUUACAAUAUUGGCUCAUAUUAUUACCAAUACCAGCAUUAAUAUUCUUUAUUCUACUUCGAAGCAAGCAUUUUUUAGGAUUGUAAAAAUGUAAAACCGAUUUACACACAGUUUUUCCAGGCGUGAGUUUCAUACUUGUAUGCCAAAGAUGAAAAAUAGUGAAUAAGGAACCUACUGUAGUAUUGAGUGUUUUUUUUAUUUUUUUUUUUGGCUUAUUUUUUUUAUUUUUAUUAUCAGGUUUAGUCGUAUGCAACUUUGAAGAAUAAAGGCUAAUAAUUGAACAUUGGGAAAAUAGUGACUAUCCAGAAAUUUGGAUAGUUAGAGUUAUCUUACACUGACAAAUUGAAAAAUAACUACGCUAGGAUGUGGACAUUAAUUCCAGCAUUUAGGACAAAGGUGCAGCUUCUCAAAUAAAAUGUUGUUAAUCAUUUGACAUAGGUGUUAUCACUAUUUUUACUGUUUGGCUUAGUCUCUAACAUAGCUAGGCUAUUAGUGUUAUUAAUUAAUAAUAUCUCCCUCUAAUGAUAAUUAUUUUGAUGACGAUGAUGAUUAUGAUCUGUCAGCGAAUCCACUGCCACCAGACUGUUACUAUUAAUACAUAAAAAUAACACUAAGCUGAAUUUCAGUACAUCUAAAGUUUUCGAGCUAAUCUUUAGUCAUGUGUAAACAUUUGUUGUCUUUUUUUAUACUUAAUUAGACUAAUGUAAGCUUACACAUUUCUGAUCCAACACACAAAUCAAUUAUUUAGUUUCAAAUCAAACGUUGAUCGUUAACCGCGGGAUAUACUGAAACCUUAAAAAAAAGUAAUCUUAAAGUAACUGUCUAAUGUAACUACUCAUUUUAACAAACACAAAUAGCUAUAUCUUUCUCAAAAGAGUCCACAAGCAGAUACAAAUCAGACGUUUUUCAUUUGCAACAAUCUGUGUUGCAGAAGCCAUGAUAAUCAGCACAGCACUGCCCUAAAACACCAAAUCAUUAGACAAUUCUCCGUUGACAUCCUGUUGAGAGUUUGUGAGUAUUUGAUAGGCUACAUUUGUGUACUUGUCUUGUGCAGGGGGA